AAUGGGAGUCGUAAAUAGUAAAGAUCGAAAAAUUGACGAAGCAACUAGUAACAGCAGUUUAUCAAAUUUGAGAUAUAUAACUACAGAGAAGUCAAAAUGGAAUGUGUUUAGGAAGAAAGAGUUUGCACCUAUUCCGGCUUAUAACACAGCACUGAAACCGUUGAGGGGGUGUCCGUGUGGUAACGAUGGACCUUGCAAGCAGAAAGUCACGCCAAGAGGAGUUACUAUACAUUAUCCGCAAAAAAAGAAAAAGGCAUUCCCAGCAUUGGCAUACAAUCGAUAUAAGCCGUCAAAAGUUGAUAAAAAAUAUGUCAGCCCCGCUCCGCGCACCCCUGUCAAAGUUAUACGACAAAAGAAAUUCCUCGCUUGGAGAGUGGAUAAAAUUAAAUAUAACACGCCUUACUUCAGAGUAAGAAGAGCUCCAUUCAGUCCCUUAUGAGUCUCAUCUUCGUUAAGUACAUUUCACAACUGUGUCGAAUAAUAAACCUAAUUAUUAAUUUUAUUGUGCUUAUAAUGCCUGGUCACUUUGUUGAAAUAUGUAUUAG